AUGCGAGUAGCCCCACGCGAGUGUGUGGGUUGCUCCAUGCGGCUCUUGCUCCUUAUUUUCGCCCUGGCCCUCAAGGAAACCCUUAAAGAAAAUGCUUUAGAUCAGGAACCCUAUUCUCUGGAACUGUCGGACCACAGUUUCCGGGAGAAUAUUUUAAGGUGCCUUCCUCUUAACUGGACUGCCGUGCUUGUUUCCUUCGACAAAGUUAUUUUUAUUAAGCCCAUUCCCCUUCACGGCAUUAAUACCUGUAUGAAGGUCAAUCGCUGCCUUCUCUUAAGCCGUACAAUAAAGAUCUCUAUAAUGAAAUCACACGGGAGUACCAAAGCCUCAUGGAGUGUUAGUUUUAUCUUUAAUAUCUUGCCACCCACGCGAUUACCUGAAGGGCAGGUAUGGUUGUCAUUGAGGUGGCGAAAGAGGAACGAAUUAGACCAGAUGCUUGCUGUAACUCUCCGGAAGCUUGAGGAUGAGUGGCUUGGGCCUUUCAAGACUGUUCUGCUGGGCAAAGUCAACGACGAGUUAUGGGAUGAAAUGGACCAGAAAGUGGAGCAGCUGUGCGUAAUCCUAAAAAGCCAAGGGCUUGGCGAGUCUUUUGCUUCUGCCACGAGCGGCCUUGGAGAUACCGAGCUCCUCAACUUGCUGACGCGAAUUUUGGGGGGAAACUUCUCGCAGACCCAACUUUCAUUGGUACCUCUAAAGCUACCACAAAUUUCUUAUCCUGUUCUACUUAUUAUUAAAAAGAUUGCGGCACAUGUUAAGCGCAUCAGCGACAGCCUUCCACCUAGCACAGGAGCAUUCCGAAGGCAUGUGGUUUUGGUUUUAGAUAAAAGCGUUCAGUUUCUCCCGUGGGAGUCACUGCCCAUUGCAAGGGCUCAUAAACAACCCAUAUCACGUGUCCCUUCGCUCUCUGUUUUGGUUCGUCUAUGCCGGAGAAGAUCAGAGCUUAUAAGUUGGGGGAUCGACUCCUCUAAGGCGUUUUACGUUAUUAAUCCGGACUUGGACUUGGCCAACACAGAAAAAGUCUUUGCGAAGGACUUUGAAAGGAGGAGAUGGACUGGAAUUGUCCACGGUAAACCGCGAGAGGAGCAGCUAUCGGCGGCCCUUUCGAAAAAGGACAUAUAUGUUUAUUGCGGCCACGGGAGCGGAGAAAAAUACAUUAAAGGGGAAGCAAUCCGACGGAUAGACUGUCGGGCUGUUUCACUCUUAUUCGGCUGCAGUAGCGGGAGACUGAAGCAACUGGGCGAUUACGAGCCGCAGGGAGCCGCACUCAAUUACAUGUACUCGGACUGCCCUGCUGUCUUAGGGCUUCUAUGGGAUGUCACUGACCAGGACACCGACCGUUUUGCCCAGGCACUCAUUGUGCACUGGCUGGACGAGCACUUCUCAUUGGGUCACUGGCUUUUUGGAGCGAUCAUAUAUUGUAUACGCUAA